UAAAUACUAUGAUACCUGUUUACACAAUCAUUACAGACAUGAAUGCAUCUUUGAUUGUAGGAGUUAUUUUGAUGCUAACAAAAUUUGGUCAUGUGGUUAGUGUCACCUGGUACAAAUCACAGUUAACAGGAACCAAUAAUGCAAAUGACAUCAAAUGGUCUGUUAAAGUCCGUUCAGUGACGGAAUGUUGUUACCAAUGUACCUUUAAUUCCAACUGCAGAUCUUUUCAAUAUGAAAAUGGAGCAGGAUACUGUACAUUGUUAUUUGCAUCUCGUCCGACCGGUCCAUUUGUAAACAGCAGUGGAAUCGUACAUUACCGUGACUAUCUAGUAUGUCCUCAUGGAUAUGAUUCUUUACCUACUAGUAACGCUUGUGUAGCUUUACAUACGGAUUACAGAACUUGGAAUGAUAGUUUGAUUGCUUGCAAGAAGGAAGGUGCUAACCUACCAAUACUUGAUACAGAUACUCUGUUUUACGAGUUUGUAGAUUAUAUGGACAACAAGGCUGUUGCUGCAAACAGAGUUGCAGUUCAUGGCACAGUUAUUAACGGCAUCGGACACUGGAGCAACGGCGAUACAAUAGAUAUUUUGAAAUUUUGUGUAUCCCAACCAGACCAGUUAAAAAUCCAAGAUGUAUGUCUAUAUAUGGCUCAUGUUGAUGAAAGUUGGUGUGGUUCUCCUGUUAACAGACUUGAUGACGCUACAUGUGACCAUCAAUCGUUACGAAUUUUUUGCCCCAAAGGAUAUUAUCUUUUAUCUGUUAGUAAUGCAUGCGUAGUUCUAUAUCCGGAUUACAUGCCAUGGCAUGAUAGUUUGAUUGCUUGCCAGAGUGAAGGUGCCGACUUUCCAAUACUAGAUACAGACACUCUGUUUAACGAGUUCCUAGAUUAUAUUGACAACCAAGUUGUUUCACCCGACAGCGUUGCAGUUAAUGGUAGACUAAUUAAUAAUAUAGGUUAUUGGGGCAAUGGUGAUGUUAUUGACGUUUCGAGAUUUUGUGCUUUCCAACCAGACGAAAUAGGCAACCCAGACAUAUGUCUAUUUAUAGCUCAUUCGAACGAAACCUGGUGUGGUUCACCUGUUAACAGACUUGAUGACUCUAAAUGUGUGUAUGAUACAUUACGAAUGUGUAUGAUCAAGUUAUAA